AUGGCUCUCAAACUCGAUAUGAGUAAGGCUUUUGAUCGUGUUGAAUGGGACUUCUUGUUCUUUAUGAUGGCCCGUAUGGGGUUUAAUGCCCAAUGGAUUUCUCGGCUCAGGACUUGUGUGACCUCUGUUACUUUUUCAAUCAUUAUAAAUAGAGAGAUCCGAGGUUGUAUCCAUCCUACUCGAGGUCUUUGUCAGGGAGAUCCCCUAUCGCGAUUUCUCUUUCUUAUAUGUAUUGAGGGAUUAUCUCAUCUUAUUCACCAAAGUAUUAGAUCCUCUUCUCUCCAUGGGAUUAGAAUUAGCAGCAGGGGUCCCAUUAUCUCACAUCUUCUUUUUGCAGAUGAUAGUCUCCUCUUUUGUAGAGCAGAUUUAGUGGAGGGCAGGAGAUUGCUUGAUAUUCUUCAUCUUUAUGAGCGCAUGUCUGGCCAAUUCCUCAAUGUUAACAAAUCUUCGGUUACUUUCAGUUCUAAUGUUCGAGAGGAGCUUAGAGUAUCUAUAAAAAAUUUGCUUUGCAUGAAUGAUGCUAGAACUGACUCCAAAUAUUUGGGCUUACCUACUCUGGUCACGAGCAACAGAAGAGAGUUACUUAGCUUUAUCAAAGAGAGAAUUUGGGGCAAGUUGCAAGGUUGGAACGAAAAGCUUCUCUCGCAAGCUGGGCGGGCUAUUCUAAUCAAGGCUGUCAUUCAAGCUAUCUCAACCUAUGCCAUGAGUAUUUUCAGGUUCCCCAAAAUCCUUUGCGAGGAAAUCAAUAGACUUUCUAGAAACUUCUUUUGGAGUGGAAAGACUGAUGUUAGAAAGAUGCACUGGAUUGGUUGA